UCCACAGCUUCCAAGAGCGCACCGCCGGCCAUCCCGAGCUUCUGAGCUUGUCUUCCAUUCCACCACACCGAUCCCGAGACUUGUACCAUCCCACCUGCUUGCCUACAAGUGACAAUGGCGGCCUCCGUCGAGUACAACCGUCAGGUGUCGGCCCACCCGUGGCCGACCAAUGCGCAGCCCAAGGCCGCCUUCGACCUCUUCUCCUCCUCCUCGGCCGGCAACGGCGGCAGGCGCCGCUCGGGCGCGGACUCCGACUCGGACGACGAGGACGGCAUCCCGCCGGACUGGCGGUCGCUCUACAGCCCGCGGCUCGACGUGGAGCCGUCGGUCAAGGACCCCCGCGACGAGGCCACCUCCGACGCCUGGGUCAAGCGCCACCCGGCGCUCGUCCGCCUCACCGGCAAGCACCCGUUCAACUCCGAGCCCCCGCUGCCGCGCCUCAUGUCCCACGGCUUCAUCACCCCGGUGCCGCUCCACUACGUGCGCAACCACGGCGCCGUGCCCAGGGCCGACUGGUCCACCUGGACCGUCGAGGUCACCGGCCUCGUCAAGCGCCCCGUCAAGCUCACCAUGGAGGAGCUCGUCACGGGGUUCCAGGCCGUCGAGUUCCCCGUCACGCUCGUGUGCGCCGGCAACCGCCGCAAGGAGCAGAACAUGGUGCGCCAGUCAUCGGGCUUCAACUGGGGCCCCGGGGCCAUCUCCACCACCGUGUGGCGCGGGGUGCGCCUCCGCGACGUGCUGCGCCGGUGCGGCGUCAUGGGCGCCGGCGUCGCCUCGAACGUGUGCUUCGAGGGCGCCGAGGACCUCCCCGGCGGCGGCGGGUGCAAGUACGGCACCAGCCUCCGGCGGUCCGUGGCCAUGGACCCGGCCCGCGACGUCCUCCUCGCCUACAUGCAGAACGGCGAGCCGCUGGCGCCCGACCACGGCUUCCCCGUGCGCGUCAUCGUGCCGGGCUUCAUCGGCGGCCGCAUGGUGAAGUGGCUGAAGCGCAUCGUCGUGGCCUGCAACGAGUCGGAGAGCUACUACCACUACCGCGACAACCGCGUGCUGCCGUCACACGUCGACGCCGAGCUCGCCAAUGCCGAAGCCUGGUGGUACAAGCCGGAGUGCAUGAUCAACGAGCUCAACAUCAACUCGGUGAUCACCACGCCCGGACACGACGAGGUGCUGCCCAUCAACGCGCUCACGACGCAGAAGCCGUAUACGAUGAAGGGAUACGCCUACUCCGGCGGUGGCCGGAAAGUUACGCGGGUGGAGGUGACCCUGGACGGCGGCGAGACGUGGCAGGUGUGCGAGCUGGAGCACCCGGAGCGCCCGACCAAGUACGGCAAGUACUGGUGCUGGUGCUUCUGGUCCGUCGACGUCGAGGUGCUCGACCUGCUCGGGGCCAAGGAGAUGGCCGUGCGCGCCUGGGACGAGGCCCUCAACACCCAGCCCGAGCGCCUCAUCUGGAACCUCAUGGGCAUGAUGAACAACUGCUGGUUCCGGGUCAAGAUCAACGUCUGCCGCCCCCACAAGGGCGAGAUCGGCCUCGUAUUCGACCACCCCACGCAGCCCGGGAACCAGUCCGGCGGCUGGAUGGCGCGGCAGAAGCACAUCGAGACGUCCGAGACCACGCAGGGCACGCUCAAGCGGAGCACCUCCACGCCCUUCAUGUCCGCCGCCUCCGCCCAGUUCACCAUGUCCGAGGUGCGCCGCCACGCGUCCAAGGAGUCGGCGUGGAUCGUCGUGCACGGCCACGUCUACGACUGCACCGGCUUCCUCAAGGACCACCCCGGCGGCGCCGACAGCAUCCUCAUCAACGCCGGCUCCGACUGCACCGAGGAGUUCGACGCCAUCCACUCCGCCAAGGCCCGCGGCCUCCUCGA